AUGCGUGUUGCUCACUUCGGACCUGGAUCAGGAAAAAUCUGGAUGGAUGAUGUGAGGUGUAGUGGAUCUGAAUCCUCAAUAUUUAAAUGCCUACGAAGAAAGAUUGGUGUAAAUGACUGUAAACAUAUUGAGGAUAUUGGUGUUAUCUGUUCAGAUUUAGGCAUCAGACUGGUUGGAAAUUCUCGCUGUUCAGGGAGAUUAGAGGUGCCUUCUGGGAACACAAGGUACACAGUGUGUGAUGCUGCCUUUGACCAGCAGGAUGCAGAGGUUGUGUGUAGAGAGCUGGACUGUGGGGCUCCUGAACAGUUGCUGAGAGCUGCUGCUUUUGACAAAGGAGACACUCAGAUGUGGACACAAGAGAUUCACUGCAGAGGAAAUGAGUAUCAAUUUGCUUUCUGUCCUGUAUCAUCUUCUCACAGCAAUUGCUCCUCUAACAGUAAUGUUGGACUUGUGUGUUCUGAAACAUUAAGAUUAGUGGGUAGUGGCAAUACAUGUGCUGGUCGAGUGGAGGUUUAUCAUAGUGGUCAGUGGGGAACAGUGAGUGAUGUUGGCUGGGAUAUGGCUGAUGCUACAGUGGUAUGUAGAGAACUGGGAUGUGGAGAGGCUGUAGGUGCACCUAAGCAGGCCUACUUUGGCCAAGGGCGAGGACAAGUCUGGAUUAUUAAUGUGAUCUGUACUGGAGCAGAAUCUGCACUAAAGGACUGUCGAUCAAUUGGUUGGGGAAAACAUCAGGCUAAUCAUGCUGAUGAUGCUGGGGUUAUCUGCUCUGUCUACAAGUUAUACAAGUGUGUCUGCUGUCUUUCUGCUCAAGGGUCCAGGCUAGUUGGAGCUUCUCGCUGUUCUGGGCAGUUAGAGAUACUACGAGAGAACACAUGGCACACAAUGUGUGACACUGCCUUUGACCAGCAGGAUGCAGAGGUUCUGUGUAGAGAGCUGGACUGUGGGGCUCCUGUACAGGUGCUGAGAGCUGCUGCUUUUAACAAAGGAGACGCUCGGAUGUGGACACAAGAGAUUCGCUGCAGAGGAAAUGAGCCUCAUAUAUCCGUCUGUCCAAUAUCUUCAUUCAUAGUCAACUGUACCCAUAAAAAUGGCAUAAGAAUGUCAUGUUCUGGUUACACUGAUGUCCGGCUGGUCAAUGGUCCUGACUCCUGUUCUGGUCGAGUUGAACGUCAGUACUACAGUAAAUGGGGCACAGUGUGUGAUGCAUGCUGGGAUAUGAGAGCUGCCAGUGUCCUCUGUAAACAGCUGAAUUGUGGGAUUGCUGUGUCUGUUGUGGGAUCAGACUGGUUUGGAGAGGGAAGUGGUGAAAUCUGGGCUGAUGUGUUUGAUUGUGACGGGAAUGAAACAAAACUCUCCGAAUGUUUAAUCUCUUCAUGGAGUCGAGCUGAACGUUCUCAUAGACGAGAUGUUGGAGUCAUCUGCUCUAACUCAUCUCUGGCUCUUCAUGAGGGUCUGGUGCGGUUGUCUGGAGAGAGUCAGUGUGAGGGGCAGGUGGAAGUUUUGAUCCAGCAGGUCUGGAGGAAGGUUCUGCUGGACUCCUGGAGUUUCACUGAAUCCUCUGUGGUCUGCAGACAGCUGGGCUGUGGCUCUGUGCUCAACUUCUCGAGCUCCUCUUUAUCCAGUCCUGAACACAGUCAUGAGUGUGUGAUGGGCUUCCAGUGCUCUGGGAGUGAAGCUCAUCUGGGGAACUGCAGCUCUCCACAAACUCUCAACUGCAGCUCCACACAACAGCUGUCAAUCACCUGCCUUGGUGAGAACAACAACAUCUGGGCAGAUUCUGGAGUUGUUCCUGAUAAAUAAUGUGUUUCUCUUUCUCUGAAUAUCAGGCUGCGGGUCCAUCAGGCU